AUGUCUUGUAAUUGGUUAUUAGUUGGAGAGACCCAUUUCUGUAAAAAUUCGACACGAGAUCAAUAUUGUGCCUCCCAUGCAUUCAAAAUACGAAAGGGUGUAAUAAUCCCACAACCAUGUAAAGGAUGUGGUCAGGGCACUAAAUCGAGCGUUCGGCUCUGUGUCCCAUGUGGUCAAGAUAAGCAGGUAUCGGUUGACAAAAGGGCGCUUUGUAAGGAAAAUCAGAUAAAACAAAGGGAAAAAUUCAUUCAGGAAGUAUCCGAGGGGGCAGUUACUAAAGUGAUUGUGGAUGAUUCGAUACCUUCAGUAUCUUCCCAAAGAGAAUCGGAUGCAAGCACCAAUUGUUCCAAUAUUAUAAAUGAGCAAGGCUCGAAUUCUUUGGAUGUUUGCCUAGAGAAAACAAUACGAAGCUGUGAUCCCUUAGCAGUAAAAAUGGGAACGCCAACCUUUUCUCUUUUGUAUGAAAAACUUUGUGAUGCUGUAAUCCUUGCUGAUCGUGCGACCCAAGAAGCUAUCUUUUGUUACUGUCAAUUUGGGAAAGCUUUUAUCCAGAGGCGAGGUGAGAUCGCAUCUGAAAAACAAGUUGAUCCGGAGUCUAAUACAGUCAGUAGAAUUCUAAAUAUAGAAGUUAAAACUCAGCUUCCUGCAGACAAUAUACCCUUUGAUUAUAGCAUUCAUAUGGAGACACAACUUUGUGAACCGAAUUCACAAAGUGAUAAGAAAAAUUCUGACUUAUCACAUAUCACCAGUUCGGAUGCGUCCACUGAAUCUCAAAUUCCCAAUGAAUCUGCCCUGAAAAAAUUUGAUACCAAG